GCACUGGUCACGAACAACACAAUGGGAACAACACACCCACACACGCAUGGCACGUCAUCAGAGAAGGCGCCUGACUGGCUGGCUGGCUGGCUGGCUGGCCGGCUGGCUGAGACACGCAACACGUGCCUGCACCCUCUCAGCAAGACAAAGGGUUAAGCGUCAACACACAAGAGGGGCUGCCGUCUCUUGAAGACCGCUCGCAGACACACACACACACACGUGCGUCCGCUGGUCAGAACCUCAUUGACGCCAUGCCGGGCGAUCGUGUUGGGAACUGGCCGGGCAGUGCUGUCGAACCACCACCGGCGAACACACGGCCUGAGCACGCAGGACAACAGGCAAGCACAAAGUGGCGAGGCCGGCCUGCCUGCCUGCCUGUCUCAACACAGGAGCAGCUGCAGCGUGUCUCUUGCUUGCGUGACUGACCGAUGCCCCUCCUCUGUUCGACUUUUUUGUCCUGUUCCUGUUUGUGUGCGCUGAACCGCCGGCCAAUGUCGGCGUCGCCGCCGCCGAACUUCUCGAUGAACGAUCGCACGUCACCCGCGUCACUCCCCGCAGCUGACCAGUGGACCGACGGAUGCAUGGAGGCACGCCAGACAGACAGACAGACAAGAGAAUGGCCAGACUCUCUCUGUCUCGUGUUUGUGUCCCUGACUUUAGCGGCCCGCCCACGUGCGUACCCUUGAGGAAGUCGAGAAGGUAGAGCAGCUCGUGGUCGUCGGGGUCACCCGUGAACUCGCGAACCAACACGCCGUUGUCGGGCUGCAGCUGAAGAACGAGAAAAGAUACGCGGACACACACCAGGGAGUGGGGGCGGUUUGCCCUGUGUGUGUGUGUGUGUGUCCUUGGUACUGACCGAGAAGGCGACGCGGUCGUGAUCGAGGAUGAUCAUCUUGUCGGCCCGACGACCCAGACGGGAGAUGUCCUGAUCAGUUAGUGGCCAGACACACACGCCAAUCAACGACAGACAGACAGACCAGAACUUGCGAUUGCGUGAGUGUCUGUUUGUUUGCACACCCACAGGCGCGUGCCUACCUUGAUGUAACCGUAUCUCCGCCUCUUGCAGAACUCCCGGUGCAGCACCCCAGUGACGGGGAUCGCCCACUUGGCUAUCACGUCCUGAGCCACCUGCAAAUACACAGAUAUACAUACAGACAGACAGCGGGCACAGUCGUCUACAGUAUCAUGCUUGCGGCUCUUGUUGCAGGCGAGCUUACAGGAAAGUUGUCGUCGGACCAGAUGACAAGCUCGAAGUAUCUGCUGAGCUCCUGCAGGAACUGAUCCGCGUGCGGUCGCUUGAUGCACCGCCAGCCUUGCAGACGCUACACAACCAACACACCACACCACCAGCCACACAUAAACUAAUGGGCGUCGGUCUGCCUGUGUGUGUGCUGCUUACAUCAUGCUCGAGGAAAGCCAGUGUUUUGUUGAGGUCGAGGAUGAGUGUGGGCACAAAGUCGGGGAUCUCGAGCUUCUCCUUCUCUAUCAACAGAGGCUCGUUGCCCUCGGGAGCCAGCUGAACGAACACACACACAGCAAACACACACAGAGCACAGCAGCUGGCCGUGACGCACACCGCUGUGUCAUGUUGGACACGUGACUGACCUUUUCGACGAUGUACUUGUCGAACCAGUCCCUCGAGUAGUCAUUCCACACCUCAAACCGAUCGUUGAGACGCCGACAAAACUCUGCACACACAAUGCAGCGCAACACCCACCACACACACACACAGAGCCAUGCGAUCCGAUGGUUGAAUGAUCCACCCACCCUCCCACACACACGGACACAGGAGCCAUGCCAUGUGGGGAGGUGGGCGUGAGUGAAGUAACCACCAGGCUACCUACCUGUCCAUGUGAGCUCCGUCGACAAGAAGUAGAGAUAAAAGCCCGCCGCCGCCCCGGUCCCCGCCGCAGCCACCAGCACGCCCCGCAACAAAGUCGGACCCCAUCCUGCCUUCCCUCCAACCUUCUUCCCUCCAGGUGGUACCGAAGGGCGAGGCUUCACAGGGGUGGCAGCGGCAUCGGGAGCGGCUGCCGGCUGCUCUGGGGGGUCCGACUGAGCAGUGGAGGACGAGAAGGGCCUCAUGCGGUGGGAGGGGAGGAGGGGGGAUGCAUGCCGCCCUGCGUGUGUGGCGAGGAGGGGCCUUGAGAAGGUCCUCAGAGAUGUGGUGGGGAGCGUGGGAUUGCAGCUGCAGCCGGUGAGCGGUGCUGCAAGGAGCCGAAUCGCCUGCCGACGGCUCAUCGCACCUGCACCUGGGGAGUCACACACCAGGAGAGGAUGCAUCGAUGGGUUUGAGCGAAGAUCUAUGAAAAUGCAGCCCUCUCUGCCCAUCCCAUUACCUGUCAGAGCGUUGCGUUAGGCCCAAGAGAGGAG